AAAUUGUUCAGGAAGUCUAGAAAAUUCUGCGCUCACCGUCAUCACGUUGAUUACUCCUAACGACGUUGCAACCACGGUUAAUGUUAUUCAACUGAGCCGAUUCCGUUGUAUCGUUGUGAUUCCGCCAUGGGAAAUCAACAGAGCUCGGCACCCAGCUCCCCUCCGGCAGCAUGCGCAGCGUGCGCUGACGGCCAACCAAGUGCCAAGGAGGCGCCAUCAUGCCCGGUCAAUCCACGGCACCGCAACCCAGCGGUCUAUAACGUCUAUGGAGAGCGUAUCAACGACCCGAACAAUCCCCAGCCAAAGAGCCCUCUGCAGUCAAUACAAGGCGCCGACAUGCUGGACCCCAAAAACAACAUGCCGCUGGAGCCCAACCAGUUGCCUUGCCCUGGACAGCGCAAACCCCUAUCUACGGAGCGAGUAGCCUCCACAAUUCCUAAAGGGGGCACGGAUGGCACCUGGCUAUUCCCCUCGCCGCAAAUGGUCUUCAAUGCCCUAAGGCGUAAAGGCAAGGGCGACGAUGUCACCGAGGACGAUAUGGACGGCUUCAUUGCGGCGCACAACAGUAUGAACGAGGCGACAUGGCAGCGAGUGAUGUUGUGGGAGUCGCUGCACCGGCCAGAGUGCGACUACCCCACGUUGCUGCGCUUCCAGGGCAAGCCCCACGACCUAAGUCCCUUGGCCUGGAUCCGGAACCUGCUGGGGGGUCCCGCACCUUUCGACCGCCACGACUGGAUCGUGGAUCGGUGCGGCCGGGAGGUGCGCUACGUCAUAGAUUUUUACUUUUACGAUGACAAGGCGGGGACGCCUGAGGCCUUUGAGAUUGUGGCUCGGCCCGCGGUGGACUCUCUCGAGUCGGCCCUGGACCGUGUCAAGAUGAACAUCUACAUCAAGUUCGCGGAAUGGGGUCUUCCCUGCCCCAUCACCGGCCACUCGGGCACCGUGGUGGCCAAGCAGCAGCAGCAGCAGCAGCAGGUGGCACAGCCCAGCGGUGCGGGCAGCAGCUAACGGGCUCGUCAUCAUACACAGCUCGUUAGUAUGAGUGCAGUGAUGGAAGGCCGACCUUGGCACGAUGCAAGGCUUUCUCGCAAUGGAUGCGCCUGCGUCGCUGUCUGUCUGUCUGUCUGUCUGUAUGCCCUCUUCUCUGUUUACAUGCCUGUCUAUGGGUGUCUGCCUGUGUGGACGUUUUCAGAUAUAUUCUGUGACCGCAGGGCAUGGCGUGCACUGUAUGCAUGUUAGUAGUUUAUCUAGACAAGAAGCAAGAAGCGCACGAGCUAAUUUAGGCGUGUAUCAUAGGGUUGUGGUUAGGCAGGUGCUGACGGCUCGUCUCGCCCAGCAGUGGUUUGCCUUGUCACUCCCUGCGUUGGGUUUAGCGGGUGGGGAAGAAGCAGCAGCGCGGGGAAAGAUAUUGGGACGGAUCGCAUAACAUCGACCGCACUGCUGCACCUGCAUCGCAUGUGUACAGGCAGAAGUGCAACAGAUGCCUGCGCCGGAAAAACGGGGGGCUCCUCUGCCUUUCGCGUGCAGCAGCAGCCGCCGCAGCAGCAGCGUCGUGCUUGCGACUUCUGCCCUGCGGUGACAUGUGGACAGGGUAGGAGGAGUGCUGCUGUUCUGCAGCUGGCUAUAGCGUGCACUCGUACUUGCACAGCGGAAGAGGGCCACCGGAGGCCGGCAAUGGGCUGUCUAAGUUGUUUUCGGAACAUUCCUAACGACAAUGGUGAUCCGGGGAUUACGAUCCUGGAACACACCGAAUUGGCUCUCGAAAUGUGACCUCGAAGUGUGAAGCGCUCUGCUUCCACUUUUCCGAAUGUAGCAAUUUCUAGUGUGUGUGAUAUGCAAGCAGGAAUGCCAAGUGAUAUGUGUCUGUAGUCAAUCAUUAAAAUUCAAAACAAGCGGCGCAGCGGACGCGUAUCCUCGUUACCAGCAAUCAACCCUUUUGGACGUAAAUCUUCUCCUCGGCCCUUUCCUCAUCCUCCCCAUCUGCCUGUUCCUCAGCCGACUCCUCGCUCGCAGUCCCCUCCCGCGCGCCAGUCUCGUUAAUGCUCUCACCGAACGUUUCGCCACCACUAGGUGGGCGGAGUAGGCCAUUUCAACUUCAUCCUG